ACGAUGUCCAUGCGCUGCGAUAAUGCUUUAAAAUCCCAUAAUGACCGCUUUGUAACCGCCAUUUUGCCUCUUUAAACGGUUUGUUUGCCCAAUGCUGAUCUCUCUGCAACUGUCGACUUCGCUUCCUCCCUUCUGUUCUUCCAAACCCAAGAAAUCCAAGAAAGAGAGAAGGAAACUUCUUCAAGAAAAACUAAUUCGCAUCAGCAAAUCCAAACACUCCACUCUCUCUUUCCCUAAAUCCUCAUCAACCCCUCUCUUAAUCCACCACAAACCCUUCUCCCAAACCAAAAUUCAAGCCCUUGAAGCUGUCCUCGAUGACCUUGAAGCUUCCCUCGAGAAUGGCGUCCCUCUUGAUGCUGAAAUUUUCUCUUCCCUUUUGGAAACUUGUUACCAAUUGCGAGCCAUUGGCUAUGCUAUUCGGAUUCAUCGCCUAAUACCCACCACUCUCUUACGGAGAAAUGUGGGCGUUUCUUCCAAACUUCUUCGUCUGUAUGCUUCUUUUGGGUACAUGGAGAGUGCACACCAGGUGUUUGAUGAAAUGUGUAAACGGAAUGUCUCUGCAUUUGCUUGGAAUUCUCUCAUUUCUGGGUAUGCUGAACUUGGUCUUUAUGAAGAUGCUCUGGCCUUGUACUUUCAAAUGGAGGAAGAAGGUGUUGAACCCGAUCACUUCACUUUUCCUCGUGUGCUCAAGGCCUGUGGUGGCAUUGGGUCAAUUCAAAUAGGGGAGGCGGUGCACCGGCAUAUCGUGCGUUCGGGCUUUGCAGGUGAUGUCUUUGUCCUCAAUGCUCUAGUUGACAUGUAUUCCAAGUGUGGUGACAUUGUGAGGGCUAGAAAAGUAUUUGAUCAGAUUGUCUGUAAGGAUACAGUUUCAUGGAACUCGAUGCUCACUGGUUACACACGCCACGGGCUUCUCUUGGAGGCAUUGGACAUCUUUGAUCAAUUGAUUCGAGAAGGCUACGAGCCGGAUUCAGUUGCUUUAUCCACCAUUCUUUCUAACAUUUCGUCGUUGAAAUUCAAGCUACACAUCCAUGGAUGGGUAAUUCGCCAAGGAGUCGAAUGGAAUUUGUCCAUUGCUAACUCCUUGAUUGUCGUGUAUGCCAACAGUGGUAAGAUUGACAGAGCAAAAUGGCUGUUCCAGCAGAUGCCUCAAAAAGACACAAUCUCUUGGAACUCCGUAAUCUCUGCUCAUUCCAAUACCUCAGAAGCUUUGGAAUAUUUUGAACAAAUGGAGAGCCAUGGUGUUUUGCCAGACACUGUAACAUUUGUGUCAUUGCUGUCAACUUGUGCCCAUCUGGGCUUGGUGAAGGAAGGGGAAAGGUUACAUUCUGUAAUGAAAGGGAAGUAUGGAAUAAGGCCAACCAUGGAACAUUAUGCUUGUAUGGUGAAUCUUUAUGGGAGGGCAGGGCUGAUUGAAGAAGCUUAUAGAAUCAUAAUAAGAGGGAUGGAGCUCGAGGCGGGUCCGACCGUAUGGGGGGCGUUGCUGUAUGCGUGCUUUCUUCGCAACGGCAGUGUAGAUAUUGCUGAGAUUGCUGCUGAAAAGCUUUUCGAAUUGGAGCCAGAUAACGAGCUGAAUUUCGAGCUUUUGAUGAAGAUUUAUGGCAAUGCUGGGAGAUCAGAAGACGAGAAGAGAGUGAGAUUGAUGAUGAAGGAACGAGGAUUAGAUGGAUGAACUCAUCUGCAUAACAGUUGUUGCUAAUGAGUAUUCACAAAGAGGUGAGAAUGGAUUCAAGGUGUUCAUCUGAGCAACCAGUUCCAGGUUAGUUCUGUCUCCAUUCUCAUUUGCCAUAUUUUCUUGGCUCUUUAUAAGCUAUUGUCUAAUCGUUUUUGUAAAUAGAAUCAGCUAAUCUCAGUUAUGAUUCACAACCCAAACUAGUUUCUUUGGCAAAUUUUGUGUCAUAAUAUUACCAAGUUCAUAAAAAAUGAAUUGCCAUAUAACCACCCUUCGCUAUUGGGAUAGUGAAAAAGGCAUUAAGAAUUUUGGGAGAUGGAUUCAAAGUUCAAAUUCUAUGAUAUCUCAGUAAGAUAAAUGUUAUAAGGUUAAAUAGUUAUUUUGUGCGAUUAGUCAA